AUGGCUCCAUCCAUUCCUUCAGCAAAGCUGACCCUCUCCUGUCCUCUGUUCGCGGCCGACUUCGACCCGCGCAACCCCGACUUUCUCCUUGUUGCUGGUGGAGGAGGUGAAAGUCGCUCGGGCACUCUCUUGGAUACAUCCAAACGUCAUGAGAUCUCUGAAGUGGUCGACAUCGAACUAUCGCGUGACGAAGACUCUGUGACCUCGCUGGCGACGGCGCAUGCAAGCGACGACUCGAUCAUUGCGUUGGCCGGCAUCAACAGCUCUAUCGCGGAGCAGGAGCGCGGCAACAAUGCGCAUCUGAGAUCCUUCCAGAUCGAUUACCCUCCACGUCGACAACUUGGUGCAGCGAGCGCAGAUGAAGGCGCGAGCACGGAAAAGGAGAUCCAGGCAGCAGCGCUUCGCCAACAGAGGAAAACCUCCGCCUUGUCUCGCGUGCCACUCUUCCGAACGAAGCCUGGUGCUACGGGAACCUACCAGAGAAUCACUCGAUUGUCGCCUUGGAGAAAUGCUGAGUCCCCACGCGUCGCGGCCAUUACCACGGGGCUGGCUCCCUCGGGCGAGAUCGUCUUCUUCAAUGCGAGCACAACAACCCCCAACGCGUCCGAUGUCAUCGGGAGAAUCCGCUUAGACAGUGAUGAGGAGGCAGAGGAUGUGGAUAUUAUCCGGUCGCCGGCUGAUGGGAAAUUCCUAGUUGCCUAUACCAAUGGCGUCAAGGUCUUCACUUGUCAGAUCUCGCCGGACGUAAGAUCCAACGCCUCGCCGGAUGUGGCCUGCGUGUAUACCACCCCGUUGCCGGAGAAGACCCCGAAGACCAGGCCCAAAUUCCGCGCGCUACGCUUCAUCUCGCCGACGACAUUGGCAUUACUCCAAAAUGCGCCAGACCGCCAAGGUUGCGAGCUUGUGCUACUCGACCUGCGUCCGACAGCAUCCUUCCCAAAGUCCUCGGCAUCCGUCGUUCGUCGCAAGAAACUCCGCAGGGCGAUGAAGAUUGGCCUCGGUCUAGAUGUCUGCCGGCUGGGCACGAAGCCGGAGACCCAACAACAGGUCGCCAUCGCCGUCGCCGGGAGUGAUCUGUCGAUCGAGGUUCUGACGCUGGAGUCGAAUCCUGAAGGUGGCCACGGCAAACUCCGCCCUUACACCACCCUGCGCGAGGUGCAUCCCUUCUCCAUGACCAAGAUCUGCUUCUCGCCGUUCUCCCCUCCACCACAGCCAGUCACUCCCGAAACACCGCCCCAGUACAUCAAGCUAGCUUCCAUCAGCCUGGGGAAUACCGUCGUCGUGCACACCUUCCCCUUGUCGCCAUCGCCGCCGUCCAGUCGUACCCCACGGUACGUUCUUGUCAUGCCGUACGACGUGGACGCAUGGACGAGUCUCUCCAGUGGCCUUGUCGCCCUUUUCUCCAUCAUGGCCGUCUGCUUCCUGGUCCUAGCCUUCACGGAGAUCCGCGGCGUCAUGCCCCCCUAUCUAGGCGUCACGGAAUGGCUUCCCCCCGAUGUCCGCGAACCCUUCGUCCGUCCGUACAACACUCCGCCGCCGGGUCAGCAAUCGGCUUUGGUCUCCUCGGCCGUCCCUACCAUGGAGGUGCUAUUCCAGAAGCAAUCCCUGCGGGAUUUUCUUCGUGCCCGCUCUGCCUCUACCGCCGAUGACACAGGCAAUUCCAUCCUCGUGCGCUGGAGUUCUGACCGCAACGAGCCUUUCAUCUACACGGUCUCUACCUCCCAGCUUGGAGGGGCCCCCCGUCGCUGGGAAGACCUUCCGGAACAGGACCGGCUCCUAUGGACCCAACGCCUGUCGGAUUCCGGCCAUGAGAUCGCCGGAGAUGAUGAGACGCUUCUGCAGGAUCUCCUUUUUGAAACAGAGGACUAA